CCUUAGUGCCUCGGUAUCCAAUUCUAUGUAUAAAUCCACCAUCACCUACGAUAUUUCUCCCAUUACGAAUUUCGUCACAAUCACCAUCAACCAGCUUGAGAAAGAAGGAAGGAUAUCAGGUAGUACUACUGUAGUGACCGUUACUGAAGCAGGCAACACGGUGACGGUCUUUUACACUACGACGGUGGCGGCUGAUACAUCCCCUGGACCAGCAUCCGCACCACCGUCAUCGUUAAUAUCGCCCGACCCGGCCACAACAGAAGAUUUGACAUCAUUAGCAUCGACCCGUACUCAUUGGACAACUAUCACAAUAACUCGUCCGUCCUUCACUAGUGUCGCAACUACCACUGAGUCGCCCACUGCUCGAUUGUCUCCCGAGCCGUCAGGCAGUUCUUCUGCGGUGCCUUCUAUCCUGACAACUCCCGAAAAUACAGCUGCACCGGCAUCACCACCGGCAUAUGCAACUUUUACAUCGCUUGUUGCAAGUGGGGAAUUGACAUCAACACUAUCGCAAGCGAAAUUUUGACUCUGAAACUGAGAGCGCCAAGAAUGUUUGGGUUUCUGUCAUCAAGAUAAUGUAUUGAGUGAGGAAAGCCAGCGAUAUGGGAUGAAUGCGAGUCUAAUGGCGGCUCAAUAGAAGAGACUGCCGGGGGAUUUGAUGCCUUCCUCGAAUUCCUAGACAAGCUAGAAGAUAUGAUGAAAACUUUCCAUUUACGCAUCACCCGAAGAUAGUGUGAUAUCGGGAACACAGUGGAACAUGAACCAGCAUGCAAGCAUGUAACUCAUGUCCUAGGAUUAAAAAUUCAGCACUGAUGAUUAAUCACCAAGUCCCUUCGACAAGGCAAGAUGAUGAUGAAAAGGA